CCUCCCGUCUUCUCUCCUCUCACAAGCCGCUGGUAACAAAGAACACAACAACAGGGGGAUGAUGGGCGCACACAGCUCCGUCCUAUCACAGAAACAAUAAGAAACUCAACCGGCGGCGUACGUUGUGGAUUCUAUCUGAGGCUCAGUUUAUUUUUUUUUACGAUAGUUUUAAUCUUGUUUCGUCUUCGUGGGUCGAUUUAAAAGUUAAUGUUAAAACACCAGUUCAGCGUUUGGAACCUGAAGCUUUUUUUUUAUUUCUUCAUUUUUUGGUCUAAGCUGACGAUGCUGGACUGAAAAAGUAAAACCGAAACAACUGAGAGAAACGUCUGAAAAACACAGGGGAAGAUGACAUGUUUACACUGACCUUUGCUCUUAAAGCCUGACCACCGAUUGGUCAGCGCAAGGAUUAAAACACAUCAUAGUUGAGGACCUGCCAUUGCCGCCAUGUCUGUUCAGGAAGUAUCUCAACGGCCCACGUCGCCUUCAUCAGUCAAAUCCGAAUGCAAACUCAAACCAGAGAUCCCCCCGAAGCCGUCACACCAACCAGGCUCCCCUCCUUUGGGGGAGAGAGGCAGCACUUUGAGGCUCUCUGGAGGGAAGGUCAAGAGUAUUGUGAACAAGUUUAGCAAACAGGAGGCUGGAAAGAAUACAAAUGAGGAACAACCAGCCAACGGUACCACAAAACACACCUCAAAUAAACGGUUCAAAAGGCCACCCACGAUAAAGCCCAAACCAGGCCGCUUCAGUCUGCAGCUCCAGCUUCAGACGGGGGGAGAACAAGCACCUCCGCUGCCCAUGAAGAGGAGUCGGAUGCUGCAGAAGCAGAGGGAGACCCUUGCGGGAGAGGACGGAGACAGCAUCACUGUGGAAGGAGGUCGAUCAGCACCUGAUGGAAAAGAGGUGGACAUCCAGCUGAUUGGAGGAGGAGAAGCAGAGGCGGAGCACAGCCCGGACACGCCCCUCAGCCCAUGUUGCGACCCCGCCUGCAGCUGUGUGUGUCACCUCCAACGACCUGGCAUGAAGCUGAUCUGGGUCCCUGUGGACGCCGAGGAGGAGGAGGACAGUCCAGAUGAGGAUGAGAGCGAUGUGGGGGAGGACAAAGGGGAGGACUGGGAGGAGGAGGAUGUGGAGGUGGAGAGGGGAGGGGAAGGGGAGAGUGAGGCCGGGGACGAAACAGACAGGACGUCAGUGAUGGAUGACACUGAGACGCUGAAACAAGAGAAAGCAAAGUUCCACCACUCGUUGGAUGUUCUGAUUGCUGAGGGUCACAGGAGGAGGUCGGACCCGGGGCCUCACUCUGUCCUCUCGUCCCUCUCUGCCGCUCGCUCCCAGUCUCCGCCCAUUCCACCAAAGCGCACUCAGUCACCGCCAAGUCACAUGAAACCCACACAAGACGAAGAAGAAAACAUCUAUGAGGCCACUCUUCCAGUGAUUGACCCCACUCCAAAGAGGAGCACGUCUGAGUGUAAGGAACUGGACAUACCUUUAAUCAGAGUCAAGAAGCCCCCCCGCCGCUCUAAACUGUCCUACAGCACUUCAGACCCUACGUCAGAGUUCCAGACCGAUGCGGGUUUGUCCCUAAGCCCAGAGGACGUCCCACCUGCCAUCCCACCCCGCGUCCCCUUGAACCCGGACAGCCGCAACCUGACGCCAGUGCACCGAGCCGGCAUCCCCCUCCCUCAGCCCACCAUGGACGAGUGGCGCUGCCUUCGGCCCCCGUCCCCCAGCAGCUCCACAGCCAGCGGCCUAAGUCCCCAGCGAACCAUCACUCCACCUCCCAACAGCCCCCAGCCUCUCAGGCCCCCUCCUCCACCGCCAAAGACAGACCCCCGGAGGCUCAGCAGCGCCUCCCUACAGUCCCUCACACAGAAAAAAGAAGAAGAGGAGAAUGGAAGGAACGAAGACGAGAAAGAAGACACAGUAGACGAACCACGCCCAGUCAGGAGUGGGUCUUUGAAGAGAGAGUCUUCGAUCGAGUGGGAGUCCCGGCUGCAGGAUGAGCCUCUGUACCAAACGUACCGGGCCACCGUCAUCACCAAGGAGAUCCGGCGGCAGACAGUUUGCCGUAACAUCAGCAAGACCAGUGUUGACUUCUCCAUGGACUGGACCGCCCGCCGCUCUGGUGGUGGGACACCGAGCGUUACCGGGACCGGAAAUGGGACGAAUAGGAGCAGCCCAGUGCCCACGCCGGGCCAGAGCACCCUGUGGCAGGACCUCCAGGUCAUCCGGGACAGCAGAGUACUGGAGAACCUCAGUCCCGAACAGUGCAAGUACCAGGAGAGCAUGUUUGAGGUCCUCACGUCGGAGACCUCUUACCUUCGAUCUCUGCGAGUUCUGACCGAACAUUUCCUGGACAGUCGGGAUCUGGUGGAGACGCUGAUCAUCAGGGACAAGAAGACUCUGUUCUCCAACAUCCUGAGAGUCCGCGAGGUCAGCGAGAGGUUCUUAAUGGACCUGGAGGACCGCAUAUUUGAGAACCUGGUCUUCUCAGACAUCUGUGACAUAAUCCACUACCACGCCCAACAUAAUUUCCCUGCAUACAUCGACUACGUCCGCAACCAGAUCUACCAGGAGAAAACCUACACAUCGCUCAUGAAGAACAAUGUGCAGUUUGCCACAGUCAUUGCUCGUCUGCAGGAGUCUCCUCAGUGUCAGCGGCUGCCCUUCAUGUCCUUCUUGCUGCUGCCGUUUCAAAGAAUAACACGAAUCAAGAUGCUCAUCGAGAACAUCCUGAAGAGGACAAAGGAGGGGACAAAAGAGGAGCAGACGGCCUCCAAGGCUUUGGCCUCUGUGUCGAAGAUCAUCGACGAGUGCAACACACAGGUGGGGAAGAUGAGGCAAAUGGAGGAGCUCAUUCAUGUCUCUCAGACACUGGAGUUUGACAAACUCAAGGCCAUUCCCAUCAUUUCCCAGACGCGUUAUCUAGAGAAGAAGGGCGAGCUCCAGGAAAUGUCCAAAGGAGGAACUCUGUUUAACAUGAGGGCAAAGUUCACCCCCGUAAACCUCUUCCUCUUCAACGACCUUCUUGUCAUUGCUGCCAAGAAGGGGGCAGAGCGUUUCGUGGUACUCGACCAUGCUCAUCGUUCUCUGGUGCAGGUGCAGGCGGUGGAUGAAGGUGGUGCCAGCGGCGGUCCAUACGAGCACUGCUUUAACCUCACCCUGCUGGAAAACCACCAGGGACGCAUGAUGGAGCGACUGAUCAAAGCUCCGUCUCAGUCUGACAUGCACAGGUGGAUGGCGGCAUUCCCCAACCCGACCAACCCUGAUAGAGAUGAAGACGAAGUGAUUUACGAGGACUGGGACUGUCCUCAGGUGCAGUGUGUGGAGCAGUACUUGGCUCAGCAGGCAGACGAACUCACCCUGGAGCCCACUGAUAUCAUCAAUGUCAUCCGCAAAACCAAUGAGGGCUGGUACGAGGGGAUCCGCCUCCAUGACGGACAGAAGGGCUGGUUCCCCAUCUGCAACGUCAUAGAGAUCACCAAUGAGCACGUGCGGAGGAGAAACCUACGGGAACGCUACAGGGUUAUGCAAGCGGCGAGCGUUGUCGCCAACAGCAAAAGCCGUACUCUUAAUUAGAAUCAAUGGUGUUUACAUGUAAAAACUACUAAACUGAGUCAAACACUGCCUAAAGAAACACUGGACGGGGCUCAUUCUGGGUGUUGGUUUCUAUAAAGAAGGAAAUGAAAGACAAAAGGAGAAGGAUGACGAUCGUGAGGGCCAUCAUAAAAGACUUGGUCGUUCUACACCAUAGGUAAACCACUGGAAUGUGUGACACGCUGUCAGUGAACAUGACAUGAAUCUUUAACUACCUGUGCUGCAACAUACCUGGUUUGCAUGCAUGUGUUUACUAAAAGAGGAAAGCACUCUGCAGCUGAAAACUGUUAUCCUGCAUGGCUCCACUGCCGCAAACCUGCCAAUCUGAAAUGAAAUACCACUUGUUCCAGUCAACACAGGACCUGACUAUAAAAAUGUCAGACGUGUCAGAGAAAAGACCUGGGUGUUCCCAUGUACAGCCUCUUCUGAUGCGUUAAAUCUCAUUCCUUCACGCACAGAAACCUGAUAUGUGUUAUUAAAGCAACAACAAUAGAUACAACUCCUUUUGUGAAAGAAGAAAAAUCACACUUUGACUGAAAGAUUGGGCAGUGUUACCAUUUAUGGAGGAAGUGCCUUUAAAUGAACUGAAAAAUGAGGUAACACUUGACCCAGAUCCCAUCGAUCAACUUUCUGAACAUGCAUGUCGGUGUCUAAGCUCCUCUGUAAUUGACUACCUUGAUAGCUCGUGUCAUUAGUCAGUGUAGAACCGCUCCCCCUGCAGGUUAAAGUCAAUGUGUGUAAAUGUAAAUACACUGUAAAUAAGGAGUUUUCGAACAGUAGUGAUGUUUUUAAUUAAAAUUUUGUGUUGUUUUAGGUGUUUGUUUUAAAGAGACUCAAAUGUGAAUCAUUUUUAAUGAAAACUUACAGUAAAAAAAAUACAAGGUGCAAUAUUCAAAGGCAAACAUGUAAAAUACUUUGUUUUUCAAUGGGAAAUAAAGUCUCUCUUAGAAAAUAUG